AAACGCAUCUAUUUUUAGGUGCCAUACGAGAGCCAGGUUUACAUUUGAAUACCUGUGCAAAUUGAUACAUAUUAGCCAACGGUUGGAUUACUCGGACGUUUUCAGGACUGUGCCGGUCUGUUGCCAACUGUAUUGCCAAUGCCUGAUUACAGAAAAAGACAUUUGAAAUCAUAAUGAUUUCCAGCGAAAGUCUGUCAUUUCUGAGAGUCAUUGGAGAUGAAGAUUACGAGAGAGAGGCUGAACGCCGGUGUCUUCAAUCGCGACGUCAAUCAGAAAAUACAAAUAAUACAAAAAGUUUGCGACUCGUCGUCAACGGUAUAUUAUGGUCACGAAAGUGGUCUCGCGUUGCACUGUUGACCGCAGGACUUGUAUUACUCACGAUUGUUGUCUGUCCGCUAACUUUUCUCAUUAUCCACAACUCAACUGAUAGACUCAAUUCACAAAAUUCAGACAAACUUAAUAAACUUUCUGACAUUUUAACCGAUGAUUUAUUAGACGAAACUCCUUUGUCGCCCUUCGAAGAGGCCGUUAUGGUGGACACCAACUGUGGACAGAUUAUCGGUACAGUAGAGGACGGGGCAUUUGCUUUUAAGGGCAUUCCAUACGCAUUGCCACCGACUGGUCAAAGGCGAUGGUCGCGACCAAUACCUCUGUGGGCGGACAGUCAGGAGUGCGGUCGGCGUCGGUCGCGACACAAAAGAGUCAAAAAGUUUGGUUCAAAAUGCGUUCAGUUUAACCCACUGUCCAAACAAAUUGAAGGCAAAGAGGACUGUCUUUAUUUGAAUGUAUGGACGCCAAGACUCGAUGAUUCGUCAAACCUUGAGGUGAUGGUAUGGUUUCACGGGGGUUUUCUGCAGUACGGCUGCGGCCAUACCGACCGCUUGCGGCCAAACGGCAAGUUGUCCCGUGACUCCAACUUUGUAUUCGUUUCAUUCAAUUAUCGACUCCAAGCUCUUGGGUUUUUGGCAUUGGAUUUGUUGGCUAAUUCCGGUGCAAACUCUUCAUUUGGUAACUACGGUCUGUGGGAUUCAAUGGUUGUCUUGGAGUGGAUUCAGAGAAAUAUUCACGCCUUCGGUGGUGAUCCACGAAGAGUAACGUUGUUUGGCAGCGAUGGCGGCGCCGCUAUGAUAAUGGCCUUAAUGACAAAUCCUGAUUCGAGAUCACUAUUCCGAUCCGUUUGGCUAAUAGAUCCGGCUCUCUAUUUCAACCGUACAUUCAGUGAGACAUCAAAUUAUAAUCACAAUAAUUUUUUGUCGCGAACCGAUUGCCAUCACAUCGACUGUCUUUAUAAACUGACCGCCGAAGAUGUGCUGAAGACAUUUAUUGGUGACGACGACCCGUCGUAUGCCAUUAAAGAUCAGAACGAUUUGCCGAUUCAGGGAAUGUUAAACAAACAGCUUAUAGUCAUCGAUGAUGAAUUAGUGACGGCUCCGAUACCAUUUCCAGCGGACACAUCAGUCGAUAUACCCAUAUUAAUAGGCUCUACAGCUCAGAGCAUUGAGUACUGGCCCGGACCCAGGGAGCUGUUAAAGUGGACGUGGAAUGACUAUAAUAAAUACGUGACCACUUCACUGGAUUCAUUUGGUCCCCGACUCACACAAUUAGCACUACAACACUAUCCUCCCUCACCAAUGAUGACACCUGCACUACAAUACCUAACUAUGGUGACUGACUUGAGGCAGAUAUGUCCCGUUAAUUUGAUUGCCGCCAAUCUGUCCUCACUAUUAGUGUCACCAAUCUUUAGAUAUCUGGUAACAUCUCGACCAUCCCAACCAAUUAAAUUAUUUGAUAUCAAAUCAAACAAUUCAUUUCAUUUUUGGGAUUUGAUCGCAUUUUUCGGUACUAUUGAUUGGUUUAUCAAAAAGCCAUCCGAUUUUGAUAAACAAUUUGCAGAACAGAUUCGUGAAAUUGUCUUUAAUUUUGUUAGGGAUGGCAAACCUGAUUGUCAUCCCAAUCAGGUAUCCAUAUCGUUGCCAUCCAAAUGGGAUCAAUCAUUUCCACAUCAAAUGGCUAUCAUUGGCUUAAACGAGACAAUUAUUGUUGACAAUUAUGUUAUCAGUGAUAGGUGUGAGUUUUGGGACAAUCAAGGAUUAACUAAAUACGCGUGGAUUAGUUAA